AAAUGAUACAAGCGUUAAACACCACAGAAGAAGAAGAAGAAGGAGACGAAGAAGAAGAAGAAGGAGAAAAAGGAGAAGAAGAAGGAGAAGGAGACGAAGAAGAAGAAGAAGAAGGAGAAGAAGGAGAAGAAGAAGAAGAAGGAGAAGGAGAAGGAGGAGAAGGAGACGAAGAAGAAGAAGAAGAAGAAGAAGGAGAAGGAGAAGGAGAAGGAGAAGAAGAAGAAGAAGAAGACGAAGAAGAAGACGAAGGAGAAGAAGAAGAAGAAGAAGAAGAAGGAGGAGAAGAAGAAGGAGACGAAGAAGAAGAAGGAGAAGAAGAAGAAGGAGACGAAGAAGAAGAAGAAGGAGAAGAAGAAGAAGGAGAAGAAGAAGAAGAAGCGUUUCCUCUUAGUGUGUAAAGAAAGGAAGAAGACGCGUGGGAAUAAUUAUGGCCUCGCCCCCCCCCCUCUCCUGCCUGCGCCUCCUGCUCCCUCCCCUCCGCCUUCUGACGGCGGCGAUGUGGCAGGUCGCUCGCCGGCAGAGCGUGAGGCAUUAUGGGAUGCUCCAGGACUUCGUUGCCCUGGUAACCGAGGCGGUCCCACAGCUGCUAACUGACAGACAGAGAAGUCUGCUGCUGCUGGCCCUGAGGGCCAAGGUGAGUCUCUGUGACCCUGAGCUUCAUCACCUGGAGAGAGUCCACUCUGUUUCUAUGGCAACGGUGAAUGACACGUGUUCCGCUCUGGUGACUCUGGGUGCACAGGACAGGCUGCGCCUCCUCCAGGAGGUCUUCCACCACGACUUUGACUCCGCCCUCCAGUCCCUCAUCUCUGACUUCCUGUCCAGGAUCGACCAGCUGUUUCCUGUUCCAGACUUCAAACAGGCGGCGUCCUGGCUCGACGCUGCCCCCGGCGGUCUGGAGGAGUGUCUGCAGGAGGCGGACCGUGAGAAGCUGAGGGAACUGCUGACCAAUCAGAGCUGUCUGCUGGGUUGCGCAACCACCUCAGUGGGUCACGACGCAGAGGAGGUCCUCCUCUCAGCUUGGUCGCACUCCCUCGUCAGCCAACCGACCAAUCCUGACCCGCCUCCCAGCGGCACAGAGGUCCAAUCAGAUCGUGCGCCUCUGGUGGAGCCGGGGAGAGUGGAGGAGGUGGUGAUUGCGGACGAGGAAGAGCACAAGGAAGCGGAGGAGGCUUCUGUCGGUCAGAGCGGGGCUCCCAUUGGACAGGAGGCAUCCAAUCAGAGCUCAGCAGGCGACGAUGGGCCCAUCGCACCUUGUUCUGAGGACAGGUUGAAGGACUCUCAUGGAGACUUUGUGGACCAAUCAGAGGACACUGCCAACCAAUCAGAGCAAAGCUGCUCUGAGGUCAGCGCUGACGCCCUGCGCAGCAUUUCCCACAAUUCACAGAGGGUCGCCCACAAAUGUCCUCACUGUGGGAAAUGUUUCAUCUACCGUUCCCAGGUGAUCCGUCACCUGCGGACCAACAAGUCCUGCCGGUCGGCCCUUUCUUUACCUGGUGAAGAGCCCCCCCUCCCAGUGCCCCGCCCCCCCCAGCCCCGCCUCUCCAGGCCCCACUCCUGCUUCCAAUGCAAUGCCACCUUCAGGACCAAAGCCGAGCUGCUGUCCCACCAGCGCACCCACCGGGCCCGACCUGUGUACCAGUGCUCCCAGUGCGACAAGGAGUUCCACCACCUGUCCAGCCUGACCAAUCACAAGCAGACGCACCUGGACCGGGGCGACAAGCCGUUUGAGAGAGACGCUCAGCAGCUGCAGCACCGGCGGCCGGACCUCCGCUGCACGCUGUGCGAGCAGAGCUUCGGAUCCCAGACCCGGCUGCUGCGACACCUGCAGACUCACUCGGCCCAGGGAGCCCCGGCCUGCUACAAAUGCCGCUUCUGUGAGCAGAGCUUCUCAGGUGUGACCCAGCUCCGCAUCCACCAGCGGACGCACACCUUCCGCUCCUACCGGUGCGACCAGUGCAGCAAGACCUACGGCUCGCUGGCCGGGCUGCACUCGCACCGGGCCGCCCACGGCGCCGAGAGCCGCUUCCUGUGCCCGCAGUGCGGCAAGCGCUUCAAGACGCGCGACGGCCUGGAGGGUCACCUGAGGACGCACACGGGAGAGCGCCCCCACCGCUGCCCCUACUGCCCCAAGGACUUCACUGCGCUGGCCGGCCUCAACGUGCACGUGCGGCGCCACACCGGCGAGCGGCCCUACGUGUGCACGGUGUGCGGCAAGGGCUGGCCGUCGGGGGGCGACCUGCAGAAGCACAUGAGGACCCACACCGGGGAGCGGCCCUACGUCUGCCAGGAGUGCGGCAAGGGCUUCUCCAUUUCCUGUCACCUGACCGAGCAUCGGCGGAUCCACACCGGAGAGAAGCCCUUCUCCUGCCCGGACUGCGGGAAGUGCCUGAGGAGGAAGUUCGACCUGAAGAAGCACAUGUUGUCCCACAGCAACGUCCGUCCCCACGGCUGCGUCUUCUGUCCCAAGAGCUACACCCGUAAGACUCAUCUGAACCGCCACCUGCUGACCCACCGGGCGCCAGGCGGGCAGGAGGCGGGGGGGGCGGGGGAGGCGGGGGAGGACGCUUGA